AUGUCUCGGCGCCUGUUCGACUUCGUCAAGGAAACGGAACGUAGCCAUUAUGGCAGCAAGUCCUACUACUUUGUCAAUCAAGAACAAGUCAUUCUGGAUCUCGAAUUGGCUCCUGACGAAUGGGAAGACGGAGAUGUCAACACAGUAUUGCACGGCCACGAGGAUGAAGCUGGCAAGGAAAACACUCCUGAUAUCAACAACGAGGACAAGGCACUUGAAGAUGAAUGGACGCAACCUUGUUUUCCUAUCAUGGUCGCCCGAGCAGAGGAGAAAGGGAGGGGUGUACUAGGGUACACGUACGGCAAGGCUGAGCAUCGGCGUACUUAA